UUGUAUUUGUAUUUCUUUAUGUGUGUUUUUGUUGUUGUAUAAAUAAAGAUUAAAAAAAACAAAAACUAGGGGACUCCUGGGCCCUGAGUUCGUGGGGCCAGAAAGGGAGUCUCCAGCCUUGUCUUUCCCCUAUUUCUGCAGGUAGACCCCUUCCGCUUGCGUUGACUCUUGGGGUGACGAAGCAAGAUGGUCCAGGGGUCAAACUCCCCUGAGGGAACCCUCCACCUCUGAGGAGGAAAAAGCCCUUCUUAUUAUCCUCCUUCUUGGGCCUCAGACACAGAGAGGGGCUUUCUCUCCUUGCCCCCUUCACCUGUUCUGGCCGCUUGCCUGGGAUCUCCGUUGGGCCAACAUGAUGAAGAGAGAGGCUGCCCUGCAGAGGCAAAGCCAUCAUGGCAGGAAGGCAGCUGAGGACACCCUGUGAGCGCUGGCACCCAAAGGUGCCGCUCUCCUUCAGCUGGGAGGAGAGUGCAUGAGAGCCACAAGGCCCACAAGGGAGCCAUGGCGUCUCUGGGAGCAGCUGGGGCCUCAGGAAGAAACAAAAUGGUGUUCCCGCCUUUUUUGGAAAAGGGCGGGAAACGCCAUCUCCUGGCCCUGCCGCCUCCAUGGGCUCCUCCUGGGCCUGUCUGGCCAUGAGGGUGGGGGGUGGAAUCCAGCUGCCCCCAAACUUCCCUGACCUAGACAAUGGGGGGGGGUGAAUGAGAAGCUGGAAGGGGGAGCAACCAAGAGGGAAACACAGGGGGCAAACUCCCUCAGGAAACAGGCCGAAGGAGAGGACGAGGCCAAGGGAAAAUCCUCACAGAACCAGCAACCGUUUCUCUCAGAGGAGAGUCAUCCCCAUCUAGUAAAAGACUCUAUGAAUUGAAAGUGGAGGCGCUAUAUGUACUUUUCUUUUGGGGUGAGCUGGCCUGACCAAAAACCCCUCACAGCUAUGGGCAAAGGCUGGCUGGGGGCCUUCCCAGCCUGACCCACUGGAGCGGCAGAAGGGGUUGGGUGGAAGCCGAGGGCAGGCUCCCUCAGAAAAUGGUGGCCUCUCCUUCCUCAGAGGUCUGUUUGUUUGUUUGUUUGUUUGUUUGUUUGUUUGUUUGUUUGUAUUUUAAGAAAUAUUUUCAUUUGUCCAAAGAUAUACAAAAGUUCACACCGAAUACGAAGUAUCUUUUAAUGAUACAGCAGAAUAAAAGUGCUUUUACAAUCUAAUCUUUAAAAAAAAAGGAACAGUAGCAAAAAGAAGGGGGAAAGAAACAGAAGAGAGAGAAAAAGAAAGAAAAUGGAAGAGAAAAAGAGAUUAAAAGACUUCUGGUUCUCUGCCCUGCAGCUAAAUACAGUAUCCACUCAUUAACCUCCAACUAUUUUAUUAUCUACAAGCCAGUGAUUUUUUCAAUCUUCAAAUCCAGAUGUCAUAAGUUCAUUUUCUCUUUCAUGCAAAAAAUCCAUUAGGAGAUUCCAAACCUUAGUAAAUGUCAAUAAUGAUUUUUCUCUAAUUAAACACAUUAGCUUCGCCAUCUCAGCUAAGUCCAAUAAUUUUCUCAACCAUUCCUCUACAGUAGGUAGAGCGCCAUCUUGCCAUGUUUGUGCAUAUAACAACCUCGCUGCUGUAAUCAUAUGUUGGAAUAAUCUUCUACAGUCCUUUUCCAGUUGUGCUUCCUUGGAGGUUUUUAUUCAGAGGUUGGAUGGCCAUCUGUCAGGGGUGCAAUUCUUGCAUUGCAGGGGGUUGGACUAGAUGAUCUUUGAAGUGCCUUCCAACUCUGCAGUUCUAGGAGACUCUGAAAGCACAGAGCAGGACUUAGCACCGCUGCAGGGAGAAAGGCUUGGGCCACGAAAAGCUCACCUGUUACUGGAAUUUUAAGGUGUCAUAAAUAAUAUGAAUGCUCCUAAGUGCACAAGGUAAACAUACAUGUGCAUAAACCACAUGUCUGAAAUGGUACAUGAGAGCAAGACCAGGGCCAUCUUUAGCCCCCAGUUAUAAGACUCCCUCUAAAGCAGGUAGAAGGAAGCUCUUGACAAAACCUUUCCCAAUAGGCGGAGUUCUUUUCACUUGCUAAUCCCUCAAAUCCACUAAUAGACAAACUUCUCACUAACCCCAAAAUUUAGUUCCAAUUAGUUCCUGCCUCCACUCAUUCUUCUCUGGCAGAUAAUGAACCUAGGGGAUACCGGGUCCCUUGUUGGGGAGUUGGGCUGUACAAGCCAACCCCAAAAUUUUGUCUAAUAUUAGACUCAUGGACGAAGCCACGGGCAGAGCCUCCCUCUUCAGCAGAGGUCUACCUUGCACCCGGGGAAAGGAGUUGGGAUACUCAGGGGUAGAAGGGGGGAGGCUUUGGCCUGCAAUGCUCGCUCUUCUCCCCUGCAACAAAAGUGGAGGGUGGAAGUUAACUUGGGGCUUAGCCACACUUCCUCUUAGCACUGUUUCCCCUGGGGGAAACCACUCUCUGUCAGCACAAAUGACAAUUUGGGUUCCCCCCGGAUAGCCAUUUGUGCCAAAUUAUCACUAAAGAGCAGUUUUUCCCUAGGAAAGGCGUAGGGGUGGGGGCAAAGGAGAAGCAAGGCACAGCACAAGCGGAAGUUUGGAGGAGCCUUCGGCCCCACAGCCUACUAUGAGAUGCACAUCAAUAGAUAGGAAGCUGUCUCAUAAGGAGAUCAUUCAUCCACCUAGCUCAGUAUUGUCUAAACGGACUGGCAGCCAUAGUUCUCCAAGAUUUCUGGCAGGAACCUCUCCCAGUCCCACCUGGUGACACCAUUGGGGAUUGAACCUGAGACCACUGCAUGCCAAGAAGGCACUCUACCUAUGACCGUUCCCCUUUAAUGGCAGGUGCCAGUUUGGAAAGACCCCAUAUAUAAACUGUAGGGAUGGCUAAGUCGGGGCUAGAGAUCCUUUGCUUUUCAGUCACACAACACAUGCUCUGAAGGCGGUGUGGGUGUGGAGAUAAAGGAAGAACUCCCACCUCCUUACAGACGUUCACCUGAAGAACCAAAGUCUUGGCAAGACGUCGUCUACAUCCCCAUCCAUGGACACUGGAGCCUCCUAAAGUGAGGGCUGCCUCUCAAAAGGUAUCCAUUCAAGACUCAACAUGUGGGGCCCUGCAGUACAGAAUGGUCAUAUCUCAGGGGUCCUUUGCUAGUGCCUCCCGCUCCCCGGUUUCACACUGGCAGGAAAGCGUUUGCUAGUACAGAAAAAAAGGGCUGUGGGGACCCCCCUCCAUGGAGUCGCCUCCCUCCUCCCACCUCCAUAACAGAAUCUUCUUGACUUGGCAACUUUGGAACUGAGUGACUGUUGCAUCAUCUCUCGUUCCGGAGUCAGGCCGGGGUUCUCUUGGCUCCAGGGCGCGGCUGAACCUCUCUUUGCAAGAAGCCACGUUGCACCCGUGUUCCUAAGCUUGGGCGAGCCCAGAACGAUGGUCACAAUCGAGUCGGAAUCGGACUUCUACGACGUUUUUGAGAUCCUGGGGAAGGGCACCUUCGGGGAAGUGGUGAAGAGCUGGAAGCGCAGCACAGGCGAGAUGGUGGCCAUCAAGAUCCUGAAGAACGACUCCUACCGGAGCAGGAUCAUCAAGAACGAGCUGAAGCUUCUGCAAACCAUGUCUGAGGUGGACUCAGAGGAGUCCCACAUCGUCCAGUUCCACGAGUUCUUCCAUGACGAGCUCAAGUUCUACCUGGUCUUCGAGCUGCUGGAGCAAAACCUCUUUGACUUCCAGAAGGAGCACAACUUUUCCCCGCUUCCCGUCCGGCACAUCCGGACAGUGACCAUACAGGUGUUGAGGGCGCUGGCCAAGCUGAAGGAGCUCUCCAUCAUCCACGCGGACCUGAAGCCUGAAAACAUCAUGCUGGUGGACCAAGUCAGGUACCCUUUCCGAGUCAAGGUGAUCGACUUUGGCUCAGCCAGCAUCUUCAACGAGGUGCGCUACGUCAAAGAGCCCUACAUCCAGUCCCGCUUCUACCGGGCGCCCGAGAUCCUGCUGGGCCUGCCCUUCUGCGAGAAGGUGGAUGUCUGGUCCUUGGGCUGUGUGAUGGCCGAGCUGCACCUGGGUUGGCCCCUCUACCCUGGCAACAACGAGUAUGACCAGAUCCGGUACAUCUGCGAGACACAGGGGAUGCCUAGGCCCGCCCUGCUCAACGCGGCCAGGAAGGCUCACCUUUUCUUCAAGAGAAGCCAGCACCCCGAGGUGGUCAACUCCUGGCAGCUGAAGACCCCGGCGGAGUACCUGGCAGACACCAAGGUGAAGUCAGUGGAGAGGAGGAAGUAUGUGCUCAAGUCCCUGGACCAGAUGGAGACGGUCAACGUCCACAGGAUGAUCUACCCGGACACGGAGGCCCUGGCCGAGUACUUUGACCUGCGCAGCAUGGUGGAGCUCAUCAAGCGCAUGCUGACCUGGGACUCACACGAGCGCAUCACGCCCAGCGCUGCCCUGAAGCACCCGUACGUCUCCACCCAGCCGCUGAAGCAGAACUACGACCUUACCCAGUACUACCAGUUCUGCCUGCGCAGCCUCCACGAGUCGCUGCCCAGCCACAGCAAGACCGAGGAGGAGGCGCAGCUCUACAGCGCCAUGGAAGAAGAGCGUUUCUACUCGGUGCGCGACAGUUUCCAGGAAGAGAACAGUGCCCACGGCAUCCAGAGGACCACCAGCCAGAUGGAUGACCUCAGCAUCGCCGAGGCUGGCCAGGAGGCACCCCUGAAGGUGUGGGGAGAAGGUCCCAGCGGGGGGCUGUAUGAGCCGACCCACCCCGGGCCCCCGGAGGCAGCAUCCGGCCGGCGCAAGCCUGUCCUGCAGAGCCUACGCUUGCGCCAGGAGCAACCGCAGCAAGAGCCCAUCCCGGCCUACUACCGGAACCGCCGCGGCAGCCCCCGGCACCGCAAGGCGUCUCACCAUGCCAAGCCAGACCCCACCUUUGAGAACCUGAUCCUGCUGGGGCAGUACUCCCCCAAGGAGCCCCCCACGUGGGAGAAGGAAAGCAACUCCAGCACAGCCUCCCUGCCAGAGUCCAACGCCAGGGAAGACCCCGGCUACCCCAGGGGCUUGAUGCUUUCGCCCACCGCUCAGAGAGCGCAGCCAGAGGUGUACGAGCCAGCCGCCCAGCUGCCUGGGCCCACCAGCUGGCUGCCGAAGGAGAACUGGCUGGCAGAGCAUGGCAUGGAAAGGGCCCCCCUCAAGGCAGUGCUGCACGCUUCCCGGAACCGCCACCAGCUGCAGCCGUACCUGCAACACAUCGCCAGCCACCACUGACCCCCGCGGGCCCUCCCCACCCCCCCACCCCGGAAGAGGGCAGGCGCAGCGGAGAGAUGGCCCCAGCCGGGGGCCCUCGAAACAGAUUCCUUUGUAGCCACUAAAUAUAUAGACUGUUCCUCGCUGCCCAAAGCUACUUGCUUUAAUAAAAGCCACCUUACUCUUACCGAACUAUGCAGAGCCCUGAUGGCAGUGCAAAAAGGUGCACCAGGCUGGAUGGAGCGGCGGGGGGGGGGAGUCCCCUCUAUUCCAGAGCAAAAAAGGCCUGCCAGUCUGUCUUGGCAAACUGCAGCCUGCCCCCCCCCCACCGCCUCUAUCCUCCCAGCAGCACCAGAUGCACACAAACACACUUGACCACAGCAAUAAUAAACUCUUUAUCCAAUUGCAGAAGGCGUUGGCGGCACGUUUGUCUAGGGACCGGUCCAUGCCCUAUCCAGACCAAUGCAUGGCUCCCCACCCUGGGCGAUGGAAGGGUCUCAGUCCCACAGGGCAGCUUCUGCUUUUUAGGCCAGCCACUUCCUUGUGGGCCCCAUCAGCCCAUCUGCUAGCUGGGUGCUCA